AUGGCUACCAAGAUGUUUUCCAGGCCUCUAUCAUCGGCCUUCAGACAAGCAUCCCGUCCGUCAUCAUUCGCCUUCCAAUUCUCCCAUCCCAGACGCACGCCCAUAGCAGCCCGCUUCCUCUCCACCGAAGUCAAAGCUGCAAUCGACAAGGCCGUCUCGUCAGCGCCCGUGGUACUUUUCAUGAAAGGCACGCCCGAGACGCCGCAGUGUGGGUUCUCGAGAGCCAGUAUCCAGAUCUUGGGAUUGCAGGGUGUGGAUCCGGCGAAGUUCACGGCGUUCAAUGUGCUGGAGGACGAGGCGUUGAGGGCGGGGAUCAAGGAAUACUCCGAGUGGCCGACGAUACCGCAGCUGUAUGUGGAGAAGGAGUUCGUGGGUGGCUGUGAUAUCCUGGUGGCGAUGCAUCAGAAUGGGGAGUUGGCGAAGCUGCUGGAGGAGAAGAAGGUGUUGGUUCCUGCUGAGGAGCCUUCGACGUAA